AUGGAUGUAAUCAUUGAUAUGAGUACAAGUGCAACAACAAGAAUAACAUGCACAUCAAAAGGCCAAACAUUUAAAUAUACAAGAAAGGAAAAUGCCACAUCAGUGUACCCUGAAAGAACUGUUACAUGUCCUUCACCAGAACAAUUCUGUAGAACAAGAAAUAUGUUAAAUCAAUAUUUUACAAGUGAUCCUUUUGCAGGAGUUAUCUUUCCAACACCUAGACCAACACCACAACCAACUCCAAGACCAACUCCUAAACCAACACCACAAUCAACACCAAUUUUCGACUCAAUUCCUGAAUUUGAACCAAUAAGAAUUACAAAUGAUAACAGAUUCUUCAAUGGAACAUAUACGGAUUCACAAGCAUGCACAUCAGUUGGACAACAAGUUAUAUGGAAAAAUACAAUUUAUACAUGUGUUCAAGAAGAUAUAUUAACUGCACAACAAAUAAGUGCUUAUCAACAAACAGUUGCUAAUGUAAAAUAUUAUUUGGAAACAAUGUUAAGAGUUAAACCCGUUCGUGAUAGAUACUUUUAUGGAUCAGAUUCCUAUUCAAAAGCAACAACAUCAAUGACGAUUCCUAUAAAUAAUUGUGAUUUAUAUAUAGUUUGGAUGACUCAUCCAUUUGGAAAUACAAGAGAUCUUAAUAUGCAAGCUGAUGUUAGAUAUGUUGACUACAAAUUAUAUGCUGUUAAUCAAGCGACAAUUAUUUUCAAUCCAAGACUUGUUCCAUCAAAGCCUUCACAAGUUAAUACACAAAAUGACUUUUUCUUCAAUAACUGUUUAAGAGCUAUUUUAUCAUGUCUUGUAAAUGUUCCAUAUUUCCAUUACAAAUUAGUAAGUGAUUAUUAUCCGAAUCCUUAUUGCACAAUUAAAAAGAAUGGAGUAAACUUUACUAUAUUGACAACUCCUUAUGCACAUCAUCAUGGAAAACAUUUCUUUGGACAAGAAUGGUUUGUUGGCGAUGAUAAUAAAAGAUGUCCAUCAGGUGUAAUUAUGGAUUCACAUGUUACAAAUAGACCAAGUACAGCAAUUUAUGCACAAGAUAUCCUUUGUCCAUUAGCAUUACAACAGGAAGAUAUUCCAUUUGCAAGAUUUACUGAAGUUUCAAUGGCAAUUUUGUUUGAUACAGGAAACUAUGAAGUAGAUUGGAGAUAUGGAAAACCAGUUUUGUAUGGAAACAAAGAAUAUAUUAAUGGAGUUUAUAACUUGAAUUGGCCAUUAGGUCCACCUCAAACUACACUUCAAAAAUACUAUUUCCAAGAUCCAAAUAAUGAUGAAGAUGCAUCAUCAUUUGAGUUCAAAACUUGGGGAUUUCCUGGUAAAUAUAGUGGAACUUGUAAUGAUGGGACAACUGCAACAAACUUCCCCGACUAUUGUGCGGCGCAAUCCUAUUACAAUCCUAACAAUUACAAUGUAUUUGGCGAUGAUUAUGAUGCUUAUUUGCUAUUAAAAGGACAAGCACAUUAUUGUCCUGAUGGUACAGCAACAAUUACUGGAUUAACUUGUUAUACAGGUGAUACAUGCGCAACUUAUCAUUGUGCAGAUGAUUAUCAAUCAUUUACUUUGUUACUUAGAAACCAUCGCGUGAAGAAUACAUAUGAAACAUUAAAUUGCACUCAUGAAGGACAAACAUAUUCCUAUAAAGAAUUCCUCACAGAUACAAGUUAUUAUCCACGAAAUCUUAUUUGUCUGCCUCCAGAAGCUUUUUGCAGAACUCUUGAAGGAUAUGAUAAAUUAUAUCCAAGUAAUCCAUUCCAAAAUGCUCUGUUCCCUACACCAACUCCUUUUGUGACUCCAAGAUACACCGCAAAAGAAACACCAAAAGUAACUCCUGCUUUGACACCAAAGAUUACUCCUGUUUACACGCCACGUUAUACUCCAAAGAUUACGCCGAAGAGCACCCCUAUAACAACUCCUAAAACUACACCAUUCAAAACAGCUUUCAGUACACCAAAAUUCACACAAAAGCCAACUCUAGUACAUACACCUUAUAAGACAAUACACAAAACACCAUUUAAGACACACUUUUCAACUCCAAUUUAUACUGCAAAAGUUACUCCUUUUAAUACACCUUAUAAAACUGCUCAAAAAACACCAGUUAAUACCCUUGUUUACACUCCAAAAAUUACACCAUUUAGCACAGCGAAAGAAACACUUAAGUACACACCAAAAUACACUGCAAAAGAAACUCCAAAGCUGACACCAUUUAUCACACCAAAAUUAACUCCAGUUAAUACUCCAAAGCUAACUCCAGCAUCAACUGCUGCGAUUACGCCUUUCAACACUCCAUUUUUAACUCCGGUUGGAACUCCUUGUGCAACAAACAUUUAUACAGCUGAAAAGAAGGCUUACAAGAAGAAGAAUGUUGGAAAUUUUAUGGGAUUUGCUUAUUUUGUUCAAUAA